CACAAUUUACCUCUAUCAAUAAAACAAUGCUGUGUAACGUGUAUCGAGCGAAGAGUCUCAUAGGACCUGAGCCAUACGUAUAUGGAAAUGAGUGCUAUUGUUUGUAUAAUUGUUUAUUUACUUCUUUAUAUUUAUUUAUUUCUCGACCUCGGUAAACUAAGUUUGGUAAAUCAUAAACCUGUUUACGUGGCUUUGGUCUUUCCUUCUUCCUUCUGCCUUCUUUUCCCAUAUUUAGUAGAACCGUCAAUUAAGUGAUGACUGUCAAGGUUUUGCUUGUUAUGGAAUCACCGGUG